CAGAGAUCUCUCCAUAAGACUGAACUGAACUGAAGUCAACAUCUAGUAGCGUUAAAAACAAUUCAUUUCUUUAUCUGCUUGUGUGAAAAGACCGAGCGUUAAAAACAUUUAUAUUUCCUCAUUUAAUUUCUAUUUUAGGCAUAUUUAAUUAUUAGUAAACUAAAAAUAAUACGAAAAUAUACUUUUUACAAUGGAAAACUCUACCGAGUAGUAAUUUCCGAUAGGAUUAAGAAAAAUCAAGUUCUUUAGUAAAAGACCAUCACCUUUCUUCAGCUAUCAUGGCUCAUGUUGCUAGCCCAAAAAGAUUUGGUCUAACUUCUGUUACUUAUCCAUAUGCUUCACCUCAGCUUCACAGACCUGGCUCGGCUAAAAAAUUAAUUAUAAAAAAUUUCGAAAAACCAAAGCUUCCCGACAAUUAUAAGCAACAAACAUGGGAAAAACUGAAAGCUGCAGUAGUGGCUAUUCAAACAUCCAAGUCUAUAAGCACCUCACAAGAAGAAUUAUAUCAAGCUGUUGAAAAUUUAUGUUCUAAUCGAAUGGCAGCUUUUUUAUAUGAAAAUUUACGUGACCUCUGUGAAUCCUACAUUAAGGAAAAUGUUCACCAAUUUCUCCCUGAAUCCAUGGAUAGCAUAUAUUUCUUAAAGUUGAUGAAUGAAUUUUGGCAAGAUCAUUGUAGACAAAUGAUUAUGAUCAGAAGCAUAUUUCUCUUCCUUGAUCGUACCUACAUCUUGCAAACUCCUGGAAUAAUUUCACUUUGGGACAUGGGUUUGGACAUGUUUCGAGUCAACAUCCUCUCCAAUUCUAUCAUCCAAACUAGAACAGUGGAAGGGCUUCUGUUGAUUAUUGGGCAAGAAAGAAAUGGACAGACUGUUGACCGAAGUUUACUAAAGAAUCUGUUGCGUAUGCUUUUAGAUUUGCAAAUAUACCAAGAGGUAUUUGAGAUUCAUUUUCUUAAAACCACCGAAGAACUAUAUGCAGCAGAAGGGCAACGUUUGAUGCAAGAAUUAGAGGUUCCCCUUUAUUUGAAGCACGUAGAUCGAAGGUUGAAUGAGGAGUGGGAAAGACUGUUACAAUAUUUAGAUCAGGCAACUAAAAAGCCACUCAUUCAAUGCGUUGAAAAGCAACUUAUUGGUGAACAUUUAACAGCCAUUUUACAAAAAGGACUAGAUCAACUUUUAACAGAACGCAGAAUACCCGAUUUAAAGCUUAUGUACGACUUAUUUUCUAGAGUUAAAAAUGGCCUGCCCCAGCUUUGCUCCCACUUUAACCAGUAUAUUAAAAAACAGGGAAAAGUUAUUGUCAGCAAUCCUGAAAAAGAUAAAACUAUGGUACAAGAACUAUUAGAGUUUAAAGAUGAAAUGGAUGUCAUUGUGAAUCAAUGCUUUCAAAAGAAUGAAAAGUUCCUGAAUACAUUGAAGGAAGCUUUUGAAAACUUUGUGAAUCAAAGACCCAAUAAGCCAGCUGAGCUUAUUGCCAAAUUCUUAGACGUGAAACUACGGGCUGGAAAUAAGGAAUCUACCGAAGAAGAGUUGGAAAUGCUUUUAGAUAAAAUAAUGGUAUUGUUCAGAUAUAUUCAUGGAAAAGAUGUUUUUGAAGCUUUUUACAAAAAGGAUUUAGCAAAAAGAUUGCUGGUCGGAAAGAGUGCUUCGGUGGAUGCAGAGAAAUCGAUGCUCUCCAAGCUUAAACAGGAGUGUGGUGCUGCUUUUACUAGCAAGUUGGAAGGCAUGUUUAAAGACAUGGAAAUUUCAAAAGAACUUAUGAUUGCCUUCAAGCAACAUUUGGUAAAUGUAAAAAUGCCCGCAAGCAUAGACAUGACUGUUAAUGUACUUACAAUGGGAUAUUGGCCUUCUUACCCACCUAUUGAAGUACAAAUGCCAACUUACAUGAUAAAAUAUCAAGAAGUGUUCAAGAAGUUUUAUUUGAACAAGCACAGUGGUCGCAAGUUGUCUUGGCAACCUAGUUUAGGCUACUGUGUUUUAAGAGCUACUUUUCCAAAUGGUAAUAAGGAGCUACAAGUAUCCUUAUUUCAAGCAUUGGUUUUAUUGUUAUUCAACAAAAAGGAUUCUUAUUCUUUUGAAGAAAUCAAACAAUCCACUGCCAUCGAAGAUGGUGAACUGAAGAGGACUUUGCAGUCUCUAGCAUGUGGAAAGGCUAGGGUUUUGCAUAAAAAUCCUCGCGGUAAGGAUGUUGAAGACGACGAUAAAUUUCUGUAUAAUUCUGAUUUCAAAAAUAAGCUGUAUAGAAUAAAGAUUAACCAAAUUCAAAUGAAGGAAACACAGGAAGAACAAUCCAUUACACAAGAACGAGUUUUCCAAGAUCGUCAAUAUCAAAUCGACGCCGCAAUUGUCCGCAUCAUGAAAACAAGAAAAACUUCGUCACAUAAUAUGCUCAUUACGGAGUUGUAUGAGCAGCUUAAAUUCCCCGUAAAACCUUCUGAAUUAAAGAAACGCGUAGAAAGCUUGAUAGACCGUGAUUAUUUGCAACGUGAUCAAGAGAACACCAAUCAAUAUCAUUAUGUUGCUUAAAUCUUUUUUUUUCUAACCAAUUAUAGUUUGAAUGCUAUUAAAAUGAAUUUUAAAUCACACAAGUUUUAUUACAUUGACUGUAAAAAAAAAAUAUUUUCGUUGUAGCUGUUACAAGGUUUUGUAUGUAAAGUGUAAAUAAACUCUUCUCUAGAACUGAUCCUUAGCUUAUUUUAAAAUGUACUCAAAAUUUGUUGUAACAUCUAUUUUAAGUUCUAAUAUUACUCAAUAUUGUGCUGUUUGACUUUUGCUAUUUGAUUAAUUUUAGAAAUUUUUUUUAUACUUACAUUAAAUCUUAGUAUGGUUUUUCAAAAUGUAGUGCUUUGAUAAAUGUACAUUAAAAAAAAGACAUGCCACUCUUACUAGUGAAAAAUUUUAGAAUGUUAUUUAUGUUAAAAAAUUAUAUAUUUGCAUUUAAUAGGCUUUUUUCUUUCUUUUUUUAGCGCAUUAUUUUUAACUGAAAAUUGGCUGUAGAUUUUGCGCAAUAAGAGUUUCAAGUUUGAUAAUUUUAAUACAUGCGAAAUAAAAAUGACAUUUUGAUUUCUAUUCUUUUUUUUUUUCAAAAGAAACAGCUUCAAAAAUUUAAUUUUAUUAAUGGAAAUUUUUUUUAUUUUAUAAUUUCCCUUGUUUCAAAUAUAUAAAAGUUAUCUUGAAUCAGCAAAUUUUAUUGCAAUAUUUUUACUACAAAUUUUAUUGCAAUAUUAUUACAUACUAGCCAAGUAGCAGCUUUAUUUAAAUGUUAACAAGAUCAAUUAAGAAAUACUCAUUGCAACACUCUAUAUUUUUUUCAAAAUUCCUUGAAGUUACUUUUGCCGACUGAAAGUGUGUGAUGUCGAAAGACUAUAAUUGUCCUUUCGGUUGAGAAAGCCGUUUUCUAGAAAGAAGACAAAAAUUCUAUAUUAACUUGUCUAAAACUACGCUUAGUUGAUUCAAAGUAUUAAGAGUUCUAUUCCCCUACAAUACCGAAAACUAUGAUGAAAAUUGGUUUAUUAUUAAAUAUUUUAUGCAUAUAUAAAAUCUAUAUUUAUAUUGCUGUUCCUUAUUUACUUUGUUUCAAUUAUAUGUACUGUUUUGUGCAUUUCUAAAGUCAUUUAAGAAAGAGACUAAAUUCAUUAAAAUUUUGUGAAUUUUUCUAGUUUAUAUUCUUGUUGAAUAAAACUGAAGUGAUAAAAAAUAUUGAUUCAAGUCUAAUAAAACUGAAUAGAAAAAAAUCCUUUGUAUACUAGUCUAAAAAAAAUUGUCAACUGCAAAGAAACAAUUUUUAUUUUUGUUUAAAAAUUAAUUUUAAUUCUUGUCUUGAUAAAAAUAUAUUGAUGCGAAAAAAUAAUUAUAUCACUCAACAGUUAUUUCCAUUUUGCUUUAAACUCUAAAAAAUAAUAUUGUAAAAUGAAAAUAAGUUGAGACAUCAAAAAUUCAACUACUAGAAUACAGAGUUAUUGGAUAUUACAAAGUAACUUAAGAAAAGUUGUGAUAACAGUAGAAAAAUUAAUGAAAUUUCAUAUAAGAGUUUUGUUUAAAA